AUGGCAUCUGAAAAGAACAACAACUCUUCCGAUAGCUCAAGCGAAGACAACGAUUGCGAAUCGGAGAAAUUCAACGAUGAUAACACCGGCGUGGGACGUUCCUAUGAGUGUAAUUUCUGCAAAAGAGGUUUCACAAAUGCUCAAGCUUUGGGUGGUCAUAUGAAUAUUCAUAGGAAAGACAAGUUGAAAGCUAAGCAAAAUUAUAAUCAAGAAUCUUCUUCUAUUUAUUCAAGAAAAUCCCAAGAUCAAGCUAAUGCUUUUGAUAACUCAAGGUACUAUGCACCUAUUUCAAGUCAUGAGCAACAUCACUAUUAUUCUAGGGCACAAAUGAAUUACCAAUUUUACUUCCAACCUUCAAACCCUAGCUACCAACAUGUUCAUGAUUCGCGUCCGAUGCAAGAAAAUUAUAAUUAUUUUGGUAUGCAUGACAAUUAUUAUGAUACCAACCUUAGUCUGAGAAUUGAACCUACACUUAUUGACGAUGAAGAAGAAGAAGGCAAGAAAGAUGUCGAUGUCGAUGAAAAUGAACUCGAUCUGGAGCUUCGUCUUGGCUAUAAUAAUCACUGA